UGCAAAUAUUCUUUAUUUUUCAUAAAAAAAAAAGGAAAGUGGGCUUAUCGAAGCAAAACGGAGGCCCAGGUGAUACCCACUGCCACACUCAUCUGUCACCCCUUCUCUCUCCCAACCUGUAAAUAAAUAGCAGACCCCAUCUUCUUUUCCAAAUCCUCUCUCUCAUCAUAAUCAUCUUCUUCAAUCUCUCUUUCUAUCUCCUCGUUUUUCACUCUGCAAUCAAAAAUACCCAAUUCUUCAAAUUUAUCAAAACCCCCAUUAAAAACCUUCAAUUUCUUCUGCCAAUAACGAUGGCAUCAGAAACUGCAUUUUCUCCAACAACAACAACAUCGACCUCAUCUUCAACAACAACACCGGCGUUAUAUUUCGACGAAAAAUGGAAGUUAUCGAAGAAAGAUGGCAGUAGAAGAAGCGUCGGGAGUUCCAAAUCUUCUUCAAAUUCAUCGUCGUUUCUUUCAGGCAAUUCGUCGAACAGAAGGUGUGCGUUCUCGAGAAAAUGUGCGAGUCUUGUUAAAGAACAGAGAGCAAGGUUCUAUAUCAUGCGGAGGUGUGUUGUUAUGCUCCUUUGUUGGAGAGAUUAAGCUGAUUCUUGAUUAAGGAGAAAGAUUAGAGAGUUUUUGUAUAAAAAAAUAAAUCUUUUUUUAGAAAGAGAAUCCAAAAAGAAGGAAUUUUUCUUUUUUUCUUCAUCUUUUCUCUCUUUUUAAAAUUAGGUUCUUUUUUCUCUCUUUCUUUCUUCGAGAUAGAUUUUUAGAUGAUUAAAAAUACCCAAUUCAAGAUUUUGAUUUUGCGCUUUAAUCACACUUUUGUUGGCGUCCGAGGAAGAAGAGGAAUUAUUAGGGUUCUAAGAUCAUAUACUGUACAGAUCUAUUUUUUUUUUUUUUUAACUUUGUUUUCCAUAAAAUAGGACUUUUAUUGGGUUCAAUUGCAAGUUGUAAUAUCCCCCCAAAAAAAAAACAAAUCCCAGAAAAUUAAAGAUUGAAGGAAAAAACCUUCUAGAAUCUAUUCGAAGCAAUUUGUGUUGUUCUGUUACUCUGUUUCUUGAUUAA